AUGCAGCCCGCCAACAUACAGCUUAGACAGCGCCCGUCGUGGUUGGCCACGCUCGAUUGGGCCAGUACUGUCAGCGGCUUCCUUUUACUAGCUACUGGGAUUCUUAUGAUAAUAAAUGGGCAGUGCUCCCUGGCUCAUGGGCUCAGCGCCUACGCGCCUUUGUGUGUCGGUUCCCGGUUAUCUGUGCAGAGCUGGCUCGCCAUCACCGGCAUCCAAUUCUCACUUCUCAGUACCAUUCUACUGCCCCAUGCCACGUCAAUGACUCUAUCCAAGUGUUUUACACGAGCAGUCGAAACCACAGGGAUGCGGUUCGACCGCCUGCUUAACUCUCUCUCCACGGCCCCGCUCUCUGCUCAACUUCAGGGAUCGAAGAAGGUUAUCAUAGUGCGGUGCCUCGUCUUCAUGCUCGCAGCGCUCGUAAGCGUCCUCUACAAGUUCUCCUUCGUGAGCGUCGAUGCACAGGGCAUGCUCGCGAUCCCAAACGGUCAGAUCUACUACAACUAUGGCUCUGACGGUUAUCCCGAUACCGACCCCAGCUACACAGAAAUCGGCGAGUCUGACAUUCCCCGAGAGUACAACUAUGCUCUGGGGAAUGGGGUCCCGACUAGCAUCCUCUCCGCAAACCUCAUUGACUUCCUAACCGUGAGCAAUGGCUCCGUGGUCGUCGUGAGUGACCCGGGCAAGACCUUCGAGCGUCCGACCGACCUCAUCGUAGGGCCUAAAGUGAACGCCACACGGCUUACAAAUAUUCUUAACGGGACUGUGGAAUCAUGUAAUCCCUUGCUGUACCUUCGGAGCUCGUUCUACGUCCUACGCUCGUUGGACAAUUUCUACGGUACCAAGUGGCCCCUCGUCAAGUCAAGACCAUACAACGACGGGGUACGGAUCGACUUCACACCCUGGAACUCAACCAGUUAUACUUUUAAUGGAGGCAUCAUGGACAUCACUUCUCUAGCCAACGGAUCCCUGCAGGCUUGGGUCGCAGGGCACUCACUUCCUUCUCAGCCACAGGGCAUCUACGACUAUAGAGUUACGGUUAACAUGCGAUAUUGCUACGGGUAUAUCAACUGGGAAAACUCGGCUGUUUUUGGUCAUUUCGAGAUCGAGGACCCAACCGAUAUCAAAUGCCAGGCUUUUCCUUUCGACGUCGCCGCCUGGAACCAAACCUUGUGGUCCUUCAAUGCGAAGGCCUUUAUCCAGGCAGCCUGCGCCGGAAAGACUACCAUCGACGACUCUUUCUGGACAUUUGCACUGCCCAUAAUCCCAAUUAUGAGUGAUCACUCAUCUGUCCACAAGGGCUUUGCACCACCGGGGGAGAGGAAUCCGCGGUGCAACAACAUCGCCCAGGAUUCAUUUGCGGUCGCCGAGGGUAUGAUAAGAGCCUCGCGGACGGGGAUGACGCGGCUGGGAAUAGCUCUGCAGGGGCUGGCAAUCAUGACAGCAAUCGUGGCGAUGUGUUUGAUUAUCUGGCCAAGACUGCCACUGCUUACAGAGUGGCCUGCGCAGUGGCUUGCCUUGGUGGAGGGACUGGAUAAAACUGUGGUAAAGGAAGCAGUCAAAGACGGUGCGACAGGAAUCAGUGUUGAGUCCAAGACAGUCGUAUUUCUGUCCUCGUCGGCAGAGGAGGGAGCAUAA